AUUAUUGCGAGAGCGUAUUUUUCAAACUUGUCAACAGGUUUGAUAAACAUCAACGUUUUUUACUUCAUAGUACAGUUAGUGAAGUAGUGUAGAACCGAAACAACACUUUGAUUCCACUUGGUCGUUGUUUUUACUAGUUGCUUAAACACUAACAGCAUUGGAGUUUGUGGUUUGAUAUCUACCACCCGUUUUAUGAGGAAAACUUUGUGCAUCAGUAACGAUCAAAUCUUCACCAUACAGUACAAAGAAUCCAGUAAACGACUAAGAUAAGAAAGUGUUCCGGGUAGUUAUACCAAUCGAGCGAGGUUUAGUUUUUGAACGAAUCGCAAUUGAAACUUGGUCUCUUUUUCAACAAGCAAAUUCAAUGACAUUUCCAAUUUGUACAGAAAGUAAUCACGCUCCAUUUAAAGAUCAGAUUGACGAUGAGACCGUAAUGUUUGAUCUGGACAUGAGCGUGGAUACUUUGCCUGAUACACCCCUAAAGAAUGAUGAUGGUGACUCGGACACACAAAAGACUCGGACGAAUCAGUCCAGUAAUUCUCUUUCCGUAACUCCUUCGAGACGUGAAAGUAAAAUGAAGUCAGAUAUGUCUCGUUCUACUUCCAUCUCAGGACUUACUGAUAAUGUUAACUUGGAGGACAUUUAUGAGUACGACUGGGCUGAUAGUGAUUCUGAAUCACCUGGUGGAAAACAUGAAAAGGAGUCAUACAUAGUUCAAGAAGUUCUUGCUGACUUUUUAAAGGUUAAAUCUUUUAAACGCAAGUACCCUGAUCUAUCUAGGCGCGCUAUGGAUGCUUAUGAACGAUCGUGGUUGCAACAAGAGGGGAUUGUUCCCGUUGGUCGUGCAGACCUUGGUCUCACAGCACUCAAAACUGAUGAUGUUAUGAAGCUUUUGCAACAGGAUUACCCAGAGAUACACAUUGCUCUCACGGAUUUGUUUCGUCGACGAAAAUUUAAAACGGCUGUCGAGAAUCAAAAGCGUCAGUAUGAAGCUGCUCGUAUUGAACGUGGAGAGGCUCGAGCUGAAGCAGCUCGCAGACGAGCGUUAGAUUCUGCUGCCGAUUACAAUCAUCGCUUGAUUACCGAACGUAUGAGUUCAAGACGUUGUUAUUGGGAUUUACAGACAAUGCAAAUUCACAUUCCCCAGAGAAUUUAUAAGUUAUUAGAAUACCCAACUUUUCCGAAUGGUGCAUAUCCUGUGGCAGUCAUACCUGGACAGUUUGCAGAAUAUUUCAUGAGCUAUACUCCUGAACAGUUAUCAUACCUUCCAUUAUCACGUGUUUUAUAUCCACAUCCACUACGAAAACAUAGAAAUCCACCUCCUCUCCCCACAACACUUCGAUUUGGUUCGAUUAAGCCGAAAGUCAAUCCACCUACUAUGACCUCUUGUGAUUUCGGUGAUCAAAAUUCAUUUGGUUUAGACCAUUCUAGAUCUAUUGACUCUUUAAACCAUCAAACCACAAGCUCGAUGGAAGGUCUUCGGACUAGAUAUGCAAACGGAUCACUAUUAUCAAGUGGUGUUGCUAAUUCAAACAUGUUAGUUGGUGAUAAAUCAUCGGUUUCUGAUGUAGAAACAGAUAAAAUCAGUAAUUCGAUCUAUCGACGAUAUAAAACAAAUACAGAGAUAAAUACAGAAAAUCCUAUUUGUGUUGUAUGUGGCCAAUUAGCUAUGAAUUAUAUACGUUGUUCCGAGUGUAAAUUAAUUGGUCAUCCAAAAUGUUUGGAUAUACCUGAUUCUAUGCUAUCAGGUGUGAAAAGCUAUGAUUGGACAUGUUUAGAGUGUAAACGGUGUGUGGAAUGUAAUGAUUCAGGUCAAGAAGAUCAAAUGAUGUUUUGCGAUCGUUGUGAUAGGGGUUAUCAUGCAUUUUGUGUUGGUUUAGGACGAAUUCCCAAUGGAAAUUGGGAAUGUUUAUUAUGUGAAUCAUUGCCAACUCCGCCUAGGAAAGGACGUCCUAGAAAAAAUAGACCUAAAGACUCGGAUGAUUUACCAUGGGGUUAUAGUGUGAAGAAACCACGUAAAUCAAUAUUGAAGCGGAAAAUUUGUCAAACACCAGGUGUCAAUGAUACCAAAAACACAUCUUUAGCAUAUAGUUCUUAUCCAUACGGUAGCGUUCAACCAAUAGUCCCUGGUGCUGAAUUAGUACCUAAACGACGUCGAGGCCGUCCUCCGACAAAAAAUCGCGUUAUUGUAUCUCUUCCACCCCCGUCUUCUCCAUAUUUUUCGAAUCCAACCAACUUUAGUCCUACUCGUUCAGAUGUUUCUAUACCCCUACCAACCUCUCCACCUACACCAUUAUCGAUCAAAGUGUCUAUGAUUGAAAGUGAACCUUCAGGACUAUGUCCAGUUAACCCCAUUUCAACUAAAAUAGAAUCCUUUGUUGCGGAAAAAGUUGAUAUUUCCGAAAAGUCUGAACAUUUAAAACCGGAUAACAAUGAUAGUAUUAUUAAUAAUAGUAGUACGGUCGAUCAAACUGAAAAUGACAUUGUGAAACAUGUUGAUGAAAUGCAGAUUCCUUCUUCAACAAAUUCAUCUGAAUCAAAUAAUAUUGAAAAUUGAUUAUUCAUUUAAACUGUUAACCAUCUUUUACCCUCCAGACUUUGUAUAUUUAUCCAUUGUACUUAAAAAUCCCUAGUUUCAGUUUUAAUAACUAGUUUAAGUUAUCUUUCUUUCCAUGUAUUUGUAAUAAUGAAAUUUAUAUUCUAUAUUUCAAUUAUGUUUGAAUUUCUGAAAUAUAUUUAUUGUUAUAAGU